AAGAUUCAUGCACCACUCCUCGAGCUAAAACGCGAAACCCUAACAGCCGGCCAAGACCGAAGCCGACAUGCCUUUUAUAUAAAGGGUCCGCGACACUCGUUCGGGUCUCUCACUCUUAUUUCUCUGCCUAAAACCCUACUAGUUCUCGAAAUUUAGGGUUUUGCAGAGAGUUCGAGCUGCCUCUAAAACUUUUCGAAGAAUUCCUUCGGAUCUUCCUCACGCUCUUAAAUGGGUAAAUCAAGCAAGAAAUCUACACCCAAGGUUGAUGCAGCCCCUGCUGUGGUUCCACCCGUCAAAUCUGGAAAGAAAGGUAAAAGAGAGGCGGAAGAGGUGAUAGAGAAGAAAAGCGCGAAGAAGCAGAAGAUUGAUGUGGGGUUAAAAGAGCAAGCUGUGAAGAAGCAGAAGAGCGAAGUGAAGGCAAAGAAGAAUAAGAAGGCGAAGAAAGAGGAGACUAGUAGCUCCGAAGACGACUUUUCAUCAGAAUCUGAUCAAGAACAGAAGGUGAAAAUGGCAACCAGCAAGAGUGGAAUUGUGGCGAAGAGACCUGCUAAAGAAUCAAGUAGUGAGGAAUCUUCUGAUGAAGAGCCUGCUGUCAAGGUUUCUAUUCCUUCAAAAAAACAGCCAAUAGCUUCUGCGAAAAAUGGGACUGUUGCUGCCCCUGUUACUAAAGUCGAACAGGGUAGCAGUUCUGAUUCUUCCAGUUCCUCAGAAAGUGAUUCUGAUGAAGAUGUGGCUAUUCCAUCCAAAAAGGCACCAGUUGCUGCAGCCAAGAAUGGCCCCAUGAAAAAGAAUGUUGAAUCAAGUGACAGUUCUGACUCAGAAAGUGAUUCUGAUGAGGAUGAUAAAAAAUCUGCUAAGAAAGCAUCAGAAACUGUUGGUAGGAAAGGUCUGGCUCCUGUUCCCAAGAAGAAAGAGGAAUCAAGUGAUGAGUCUAGUGAUGAUUCGGACUCGGAUGAAUCCUCAGAUGAGGAAACUAAUAAAUCAACUAAAGUGACUACUCAACCGCAGAAAUUGCCUGCUGAUGCUGUUAAGAACGGAUCUCUUGUGGUUCCCAAGAAAAAUGAAUCAAGUGAGAGUUCAGAAUCAGACAGUAGUUCUGACGACGAAGAUGAACAUCCUCCAAAGGUUACUUCUCAGCCAAAAAAGUUGCCAGCCUCUGCCCCUAAGAAUUCUGCUCCUUUUGUGCCUAAGAAAAAGGCUGAGUCGAGUGACAGCUCUGAUGAGAGCGAUUCUGAUGAAGAUGAGGAAGAACCUGUCGUGAAGAAUGCUUCUGCAGCAGCUCCCAAAAAAAAGGUAGAGUCUAGUGAUAGCUCCUCUGACAGUGAUUCUGAGGAAGAAAAGAAAAAGGCAAGGCUUAAAAAGGAUGACAGCGAUGAUGAGGAUGAAAGUUCUGAGGAAAGUGAUGAAGAACCUCAAAAGAAAAAGAAGAAAGUGCCGUUGGUUGCAUCAAAUGCUGGAAAAACAAGUGCAAAGACCAUCCAAAAGGAGAGUAGUAGUGAGGAGGAAAGCUCUGAUGAGAGUUCUGAUGAUGAGCCUGAGAAGCCUUCGAGGACUCCGAAGAAAAAUGGCACAGAUAUAGAAAUGGUAGAUGCCGUGCUGCCAAAAUCAGAUACCAAGCUAGCUGGGAAGAAGGCACCUGCAACACCUGCUACACCCCAAACCUCAGGAGGAAAAACUCUAUUUGUUGGAAACCUGUCUUUCUCUGUUGAAAGGGCUGACAUUGAAGAUUUUUUCAAGGAUGUUGGUGAAAUUGUUGACGUCCGAUUCUCAGUAAAUCCAGAAGGAAUGUUUAAAGGUUUUGGUCAUGUUGAGUUUGACACAGCUGAAGCAGCACAAAAGGCCCUUGAGUUGAAUAAUGAAGAGUUGCUUGGUCGUGCUGUUAAACUUGAUAUGGCUCGUGAAAGGGGCUCGCAUACUCCAUAUAGCGGGAAAGAGAGCAACUCAUAUCAGAAGGGUGGGCAAGGUCAGAGUCAGACUGUAUUUGUGCGAGGUUUUGAUAAAUCUGUUGGUGAGGAUGAGGUUAGAAGUGCCCUUGAAGAGCAUUUUGGGUCUUGCGGACAGAUUUCUAGGCUAUCCAUUCCGAAAGACUAUGAGACUGGAGAUGUUAAGGGGUUUGCCUACCUAGAUUUUCAAGAUGCUGAUAGUUUCAACAAAGCUUUGGAACUUAGUGGAUCUGAACUUGGAGGCUACUCAUUGAUGGUGGAUGAGGCAAGGCCUAAAGGUGAUGGCCGUGACAGUGCUGGGCGUGGUGGCAGAAGUGGUGGGAGGAGUGGUGGUAGAGAUGGUGGCCAAUUUGGUGGAAGGCGUGGAGGUGGUGGGAGGAGUGGCGGCAGAGGGGGUGGCCGAUUUGGUGGCAGAGGACGUGGGUCUUUCAAUAAACCAAGUGCUGUUCCUGCAGGGAAGAAGACAACCUUUGAUGAUUAGAAUGUAGCAAGGGGCACUUGGCAGGUCGGACAUUGCCUGCCAGUUUUUACAUCCAAGUUUCAGUAUGAUAAUUUUUAUUUGGAGGAUAUAUAGUUUUUUAAUUUUUUGUUUUCGGCUUCCUCCAGUGGGUAAUUUUUUUGUUAGUACAUCUUGCCUCUUAUAUUAUGCUGCUGCUACUCAUGUUUGUGCCUUUUUUUUGGAAUGAGAUUUUGAUUUUUAUCCUUA